UUAAUAGGACGAAGAAGAAAACAGCAGCUGUUAGCUAGCUGGCUGAGUUAUAUUUAACCUAUGGCAGAGAGCGACAGAUAGUACGCUUUGUUGAUAAAAAAAAAAAAAAAGGAUCGAAAGACGUAUUUAAACAAACGCUAAUGGUUUGGGGUCAGACUACUAUACUUCUCUCCGCACUGUGUGGCUAACCACAAAGAAAAGGAAGCAAUGAACUUCCAGGGUAGUCGGAGGCGAGGGGAGGAUGGCAUUGCCAUGGUGAUUGAUUUCCUGCUGUCUAAUGCCCGGCUGGUUCUGGGAGUUGGUGGGGCUGCCCUGCUCGGAAUUGCUACACUGGCAGUGAAACGGUUGAUAGAGCGUGCGGGCCGUGCAGCCGACGAUGAAAAGGUGGAGCAGAAGAUGGCUGAGAGUUGGGAGGAGUUGAGUUUGGUCUCAGCUUCCCCCACACUAAUCAAGAGGGGCAUAGAGGGCGUGGUGAUGAAGCAUGUUGCCAAGGCAACCAGACAGCAGAAAGCUGACCUGUGCCAGCAACCUCAGAUGUCCUCUCCGGAGGUGUCUAAGCCUGAGUCAAAGUCCAAGAGGCUCCAGCUCUGCGUCCUCAGUUUGCAGGAGCGUCUGCAGCAGUACUAUAACACAAGGGCGGCACUAGCUCCACAUGAGGUCCAGAGGGCUCAGUCUCUUGCUCUGGACAUCUGCACUGAGAUCCAGGGCUUUAUGCACAGCCGUCACCCCGACAUGCCACUGGGAGAAAUGAGCCUUGGAGGUUCACUGCUGGACGACCUGCAGGUGGUCAGUGCGGAUCACGCGUGUCUGUUGGUGCCCCUAAAGCUGGAAGCUUCUUUGUGGAGUCUCAUCCCCGGAGAACAAACACUGCUCACACACCCACUGCACUGGAUGGUCCGACGGGUCAAUGUGGAAUAUUUCCCCAAAGGACGGAGCUACUGGGACAGGUACCUGGUGGGUGGUUACCUGUCUGCAGAAGCUGUUGUGAGCAUGUUUAAUAAGGCUGUCAUGGAAACUAUAAACUGGCCGUCAAUCAGCAGCACUAUCGACUGUCUCGUCAGACCUGUACUGGGAGGACCGGACCUGAGACUGGAGAUCCGGCCUCGAGAUGAAAGAGAGGGAGCAGAGAGCAGUGACCAACCCCUGUUCAUCUCCAUGUUGCCUCUGCUGAGGCAGGGGGACGUGGCUCUGACUGCUCAGCCUGAGCUCACCUCUCCCUGGGUCAACGCCUGGCACCUGUCGCUCUACCCAUGGGAAACUCAGCGCCUAGCUCAACUCGACGCCGCUGACGAUGGAUACCGCAGACACACGCUUAAAAUCCUGAAGGCGGUGUGCAGACUGAACCCUGCCCUGCGACCACUCAAAGCUGCCCCGCUGGCCAAUCUCAUCCUGCACCUCAGUGACAGUGAGAGCGACUGGUCCGAGAUCAGCCUGGAUGUAAGAUUCCAGCAGUGUAUCACGGAGCUGAUUGGCUACCUCGAGCAAGGGGCGUUACACAGUUACUUCAAACCAGCUGUCAAUCUGCUGAGCGGCUUGUCAGAGGACCAGGUGGACCAGAUGGGCUUCAUGCUCUACUGUGCCGUGUCAGAGCCGGAAAUACUGUUCAUAUAAAUGUCUGCACACACGACACUUCACUUGGCAACCUCAAAGGAUCAACAGAUCAAAGGAGUAAUCUUUUAUCGUCCACGAUGUUUGGUUCAAGGCAAAGAUGUAUUCUUCCCACUGCCUACUCUCCCACUUUAGCUUUUCUAUCCCGCACUGAUGAAAGGUAAAAGGGAACAGUUGCAAUGACAAAAUGGCAGGCACCAUGAACUGAUCUCUGCACUGGAGGAGGACGGGAAGUUACAAGGAGGCUGCAGAUGAGAAAGUGAUGAUGAAGCUAAGAAAAUCACUCGGAGAAAAGGAGAUGAUGGGCUGAGGAAGUGUUAAAAAAUGUUUGAAAUGAUGCUUCGGGAUGUACGUGAUCAUAACUCCCCACACACCAGAGCCAAAUCUGUAUUUAAGCUUGAGUGAUUAUUAUUUUUCACAGGGAGUCAGAGGUCAACAUGGCCGCACAGAGUUCUGUAUAAACAUUAAAAGCAGGGGAGGAGUACAGUUUAAUGCUUAAGUUAUCCUCCAAUUGAUAGAGUUUGUGCUCUGCAUCAUUUUCCUAAAUCUCCUUUAAUAUAUUCUAACUAUGCAGAAAAAUAACAACCUGCAGAAAACCACCAGGUUUUGCUGCACUUAUUCAAAACUAUCAGUGUAUCUGAAUUGGGUUUAUUUAACUCAGUGUGUGUAUUUUAUCAUACUGAAGGUUGAAGUGUGCAAUCAUUUUUGUCUUUAGUCUUCAGUCUGUUGCCAAUCUUAUUUGGGUAAACUAACCUUCUAAAUUAUGGUUAAAGUUGCCUGAUAAUUGUAUGCAGUUGCUUUUAAAUACAGUAUGAAUGUGGGCAUUUCUUCUGUGGUUUUCUUUUUGCUGGGUGUGAGAGAAAUACAUUUUCUGUGAUUGAACAGUGAAACUGCAAAUAAAAAUUAAAACUUGUUUAGAUUCUCA